AUGGAGCCCCCCGCGGUCGUCGAGCCCUUGGAGGGCGCCCCCGACAGGCUGGACUUGGCCACCAUCACCCUGAGCCCCGAGCGGCGGCCUGAUAUCCCCCGGUGGCCCGGCGGCUUGCGGGGCUUGCGGGGCGCGCUGUCCCCCGCAGUGCUGCGGGAGGCGGCGGAGCUGACGGCGCUCGCGGGCCCCGUGUUCCUGGCCCAGCUGAUGCUCUUUCUCAUCAGCAUCGUCAGCUCGAUAUUCUGCGGACACCUGGGCAAGGUGGAGCUGGACGCCGUGACUCUGGCUGUAUCGGUGGUGAAUGUUACUGGGAUCUCAGUCGGAACUGGCUUAGCCUCAGCUUGUGACACACUGAUGUCUCAGUCCUUUGGGGGCAGGAACCUGAAACGCGUGGGCAUCAUACUGCAGAGAGGAAUCCUCAUCUUGCUGUUGUGCUGCUUCCCUUGCUGGGCCAUCUUUAUCAACACUGAGCGCCUCCUCCUGCUCCUACAGCAAGACCCUGAAGUCGCCAGGAUAGCCCAAGUUUAUGUGAUGGUUUUCAUUCCAGCUCUGCCCGCAGCAUUCCUGUUCCAGCUGCAGACAAGAUACUUGCAGAGUCAGGGCGUCAUUAUGCCUCAAGUUGUUACUGGGAUUGCAGCAAACGUCGUUAACGUGUGCAUGAAUGCCCUCCUGCUCUAUGCCCUGGACCUUGGAGUGGUUGGGUCUGCCUGGGCCAACACCACCUCCCAGUUCGUCCUCUCUGCUCUACUCUUCCUCUACAUGUGGUGGAAAAAAAUCCACAUCAGCACCUGGGGAGGUUGGACUCGAGAGUGCUUCCAGGAGUGGAGCUCCUACACCCGCCUGGCCAUCCCCAGCAUGUUCAUGUUAUGCAUCGAGUGGUGGACCUUUGAGAUUGGGACCUUCCUCGCAGGACUCAUUAACGUGACGGAGCUGGGAGCCCAGGCUAUCAUUUAUGAACUGGCUUCUGUGGCCUACAUGGUGCCCCAUGGCUUUGGAGUGGCUGCCAGUGUCCGAGUGGGUAAUGCUCUGGGGGCAGGGAAUGCUGAACAGGCCCAAUGUGCCUGUACUACUGUUGUCUUGUGUGCUGGUGUCUGUGCACUUGCCGUGGGAGUUUUACUAGCAGCCUUGAAGGAUGUGGUCGCCUAUGUAUUCACCAGUGACAAGGACAUCAUUUCCCUUGUGUGCAGAGUGAUGCCAAUUUUUGCUCCCUUCCAUCUGUUUGAUGCACUUGCAGGCACCUGUGGUGGUGUUCUGAGAGGUACAGGGAAACAAAAGAUAGGCGCCAUCCUAAAUGCCAUUGGCUACUAUGUGUUCGGUUUUCCCAUUGGAGUGUCCCUGAUGUUUGCAGCUAAGCUUGGAAUAAUAGGUCUGUGGUCUGGAUUGAUAGUCUGCGUCUUUUUUCAAGCCCUUUUCUACUUGGUGUACAUCCUGACAACCAAUUGGAGUAGAGUUGCAAAGCAGGCACAGGUUCGGGCUGGGCUAAAAGGCAAUAAAGAGACCACUUCUACUCAAACAGAUCAACCUGGAAUGGAAAGAGAAGUAACUGAUGGAGUGAUCUUGCCUGAUAUCAUCAGACCAGAGAGCCAGACUGUCCAAUUGAUGGGACCGGAAGAAAAUAACCAGUAUGCAGUGCCCACUGUUGGGGAUGUCUUGACCGUGAGACAGCUAAUUUUCUAUCGUGGAAUGGCUUUAGCCAUUGCGGUUGCUGUCCUUGUAGCAGGAAUUUUAGUAAGAGUUUUCAAUGACAGGGACUAAAAUGGAAGAAGCACCACCAGUUUAGAAAUGAUAAUUAUAUGCCACAUGCUAAGCAUUAGGGGAAGAUGUUAGAUGUGGUUUCAAUCUCAGCUAUGAGUUAUUGGUGAUAUGUUCUUGGUCAUUCCAGGAAACUGUACCAUUGUAUUGAGAUUAGAAAGGAGCUGGACU